CCAACUACCUCUUCCGGACCCUGGUCGGCCACGGGAUUUUCGCCUAUAGAGACAGCGAAGACUUUGACGCCAGUGAUCAGAUCAGCGAUCUCUUGAGAGCGGUCAGCAAAUCCAAGAUCUGCAUACCGAUCCUCUCCAGAGGCUACGUGUCGAGCGCUUGGUGCCUCCCAGCUCGCUCAAGUAAUGCUACCCAUCAGCUUUGACAUCAAGCUCGGGUGGGGACUGCUCAAGGAGACCAUCAUGGAGCACAAGGAGAGGCUCGAUGCCAAUAUCGAAAGUUGGAAGGAUCGUCUGAGAGAAGUGGCUGAGGACACGGAAUUGAAUAUCCAACCAAACAUCGAGGCCACUGAGCUCGCUUUCAAAGUGGUUCUGCGUAAGCCGGGAGGAGACGAAAGACCUCUGGACAGCAAAUUGGUAGGUUGGGAAGAGGGUCAGACCUCUGGGGAAGACAAUGGGAGUGUCGGAAGAAGGAUCACCUCAUGGCAAAAGGGUAAGCUGUUGGGAAAUGGGUCAUAUGGACGUGUCUAUGAAGCCUUAACCGAUGAUGGAUCCUUUUUCGCUGUAAAGGAGGUUUCUUUGUUACAUCAAGGAAACCAAAGCUUAUUGUAUCUUGAGCAGGAAAUUUCUCUUUUAAGUAAGCUUCGACAUGACAACAUAGUUCGAUAUUACGGCACUGAGAAGGACGAUGAGAAGAUUUACCUAUUCCUUGAGCUCAUGACCAAAGGUUCACUUGCAAUGCUUUAUGGCAGAUAUCACUUGAGUGAUUCCCAAGUCUCUGCAUACACUAGGCAAAUGCUAAAUGGUUUACAGUAUCUUCAUGACCAGAAUGUGAUACACAGGGAUAUUAAAUGUGCUAAUGUAUUGGUUGAUGCAAGUGAAUCUGUGAAACUUGCGGACUUUGGAUUGGCAAAGGCAAUCGAAAUAAACGAUGCUAAAUCCUGCAGAGGAACUGCUUUUUGGAUGGCACCCGAGGUCGUUAAUCUAAAGAACACAGGCUAUGGAUUGGCAGCUGAUAUUUGGAGCGUAGGGUGCACUGUUUUAGAGAUGUUUACCGGCCGAUAUCCAUAUUACCCCUUAGAAAUAAUGCAAGCAUUGUUCAGAAUUGGCAAGGGUGAACUUCCUCCAAUUCCUGAUUCUAUAUCAACAGAUGCUCAAGACUUCAUCCUCACAUGCUUGCAAGUGAACCCAAAUAAUCGGCCUUCUGCAGCACAGUUGCUAGACCAUCCCUUUGUGAGGAAGCCACCUACAUCUUCUGGUUUUGCCUCGCCCCAUUCUGACAACAUAUCGCCAUAAGAUGAGCAUGCCUUUGGCAGUGAAGGCCAUUUAGUAAAUUGGAGAAGAUUGACUGUCCUCGCGGAUGGUCUUGCGCUGCAACUGAUUUUAUGGCGUCUUUAUUCUGCUUGCGUUAACCACUUCUUGUUUGACUGGGAAUUGUAAAUAUCAUGUCAUGUUGUAUAUUUCCUGUUUGAACGAAAGGAAGGAAACAAAGACGUUGACGAUGACACGGCAUCUCCAAUCACAAUUUUCUGCUUUUAUGAAGUGUAGAUAAGUGCAUAGAACUUCUGCACGAUUUGCAAUCAAUUAAGAUUGGAUGCACUCAAAG